GAAGGCGUUGUAGAACUUGUAGAAUUUGUCGAACGGAGGGCGCUCAUCUUCAUGGUUAAAUCGUAAUGACGGCCGAUAGCUAUUGAAAUUUUACACCGGGUUCUUGUAGUUCGCUUUGUAGCAUAGUGUUAGCAGAAUUAAACUAUUUCAUUUCUAAAAAAGUGUAAAGAAAAGGCUUAAAACUGGUGUUCGAUAAGUCACUUGGCAAUAUGCCUGCCGUCAGAGGAGAUGGUAUGCGAGGGCUCGCUGUCUUUAUCUCAGACAUAAGAAACUGUAAGAGUAAAGAAGCAGAAAUAAAGAGAAUCAACAAGGAGCUUGCAAAUAUAAGAAGUAAGUUUAAGGGUGAUAAAACUCUAGAUGGAUAUCAAAAGAAGAAGUAUGUGUGUAAACUUCUGUUUAUAUUUCUGCUCGGACAUGAUAUCGACUUCGGGCACAUGGAAGCAGUAAACUUACUUUCAUCCAAUAAAUACUCCGAAAAACAGAUUGGAUACCUUUUCAUAUCUGUCCUAGUCAAUACCAACAGUGACCUCAUUAAACUUAUCAUUCAGAGCAUUAAAAACGACUUGCAGUCUCGCAAUCCUAUUCAUGUAAACUUAGCUCUUCAAUGUAUUGCCAACAUUGGUAGCAAAGAUAUGGCUGAAGCUUUUGGUACUGAAAUACCCAAACUUCUUGUCUCUGGUGAUACCAUGGAUGUAGUGAAACAAUCUGCUGCACUUUGCCUCCUUCGCUUAUUUCGCAAAUCUCCUGAGAUAAUACCUGGAGGAGAGUGGACUUCUCGCAUAAUUCAUCUUUUGAAUGACCCCCAUAUGGGUGUAGUAACUGCAGCGACAUCUUUGAUUGAUGCUCUUGUAAAGAAGAAUCCUGAUGAGUAUAAGGGUUGUGUAACAUUGGCUGUAGCUCGACUUAGCAGAAUUGUUACUGCCAGUUACACAGAUUUACAAGAUUAUACAUAUUACUUUGUACCUGCUCCUUGGUUGUCUGUCAAACUGUUACGCCUCUUACAAAACUACACCCCUCCAUCUGAAGAACCUGGAGUUCGAGGACGUCUUUCAGAAUGCCUAGAAACAAUAUUCAACAAAGCUCAAGAACCACCAAAAUCUAAAAAAGUGCAACAUUCCAAUGCCAAGAAUGCUGUUCUUUUUGAAGCAAUAAGUCUUAUUAUACACAACGACAGUGAACCUAACUUAUUAGUUCGUGCUUGCAAUCAGCUGGGACAAUUUCUUAGUAAUCGUGAAACUAACUUGCGCUAUUUAGCUCUUGAAUCAAUGUGUCAUUUAGCUACAUCAGAAUUUUCUCAUGAAGCAGUAAAAAAGCAUCAAGAAAUAGUAAUCCUCUCAAUGAAAAUGGAAAAAGAUGUUUCUGUCAGGCAGCAGGCUGUAGAUCUUCUGUAUGCAAUGUGUGAUAAGACUAAUGCAGAAGAAAUUGUACAAGAAAUGUUAGCUUAUUUAGAAACUGCUGAUUAUUCAAUCAGAGAAGAAAUGGUGUUAAAAGUUGCUAUAUUAGCAGAAAAGUAUGCUACAGAUUUCACUUGGUAUGUGGAUGUAAUUCUUAAUCUUAUAAGAAUUGCUGGUGAUUAUGUCUCAGAAGAAGUUUGGUACAGAGUAAUUCAAAUAGUAAUAAAUAGAGAUGAAGUUCAAGCAUAUGCUGCUAAAACUGUAUUUGAAGCAUUACAAGCCCCAACAUGCCAUGAGAAUAUGGUUAAAGUUGGAGGAUACAUUCUGGGAGAGUUUGGUAACUUGAUAGCUGGAGAUACAAGAUCAUCACCACAAGUUCAGUUUGAACUUCUACAUUCCAAAUACCAUUUGUGUUCUGUUGCAACAAGAGCCCUAUUGUUAUCAACGUAUAUAAAGUUGGUUAAUCUUUUCCCAGAAAUAAAAAAUAGAGUUCAAGAAGUAUUUAAGGCAGAUUCUAAUUUACGUUCAGCUGAUGUUGAGUUGCAACAAAGGGCAUCAGAAUACUUGCAACUUAGUAUUGUAGCCAGUACAGAUGUUUUAGCCACAGUAUUAGAAGAAAUGCCUGCUUUCCCUGAAAGAGAAUCUUCUAUCUUAGCAGUAUUGAAAAAGAAGAAGCCAGGUCGUAUUCCAGAUGAUGUUAGAGAAUCAAAGAGCCCUCUGCCCACUGUUGCUCCCACUGCUAUACUAAAUUCUACUAACAAUACUAAUAGCUCCAGUGCUGAUCUCCUAGGACUGUCUACACCACCUGGUUCUGCAGCCCCUACUACAGGGAAUGGCUUAUUGGAUGUACUUGGAGAUUUGUACACAUCAACAAAAAUAAGCCCCAGUACUGUACAGCAAAAUAACAUCAAAAAGUUUUUGUUUAAAAACAAUGGGGUGCUUUUUGAAAAUGAAUUGAUCCAAAUUGGUGUUAAAAGUGAGUUCAGACAAAAUCUUGGCAGAAUUGGCCUAUUUUAUGGCAACAAAACCCAAUUUCCAAUCCAGAAUGUCCAUCCUGAGUUACAUUGGACUGACUUGCAUAAGUUGAAUGUACAAAUGAAACCAAUGGAACCUAUAUUGGAAGCAGGUGCUCAAAUCCAACAAAUGUUGACAGCUGAAUGUAUAGAAGAUUUUACUGAUGUACCAAGCAUGUCAGUCUCAUUUAUAUAUAACAAUGUACCACAGAAAAUAACAAUGAAACUCCCACUCACCCUUAACAAAUUCUUUGAACCAACUGAAAUGAAUGGUGAAUCAUUCUUUGCACGGUGGAAAAAUUUGGGAGGCGAACAACAGAGAGCCCAAAAGAUUUUCAAAGCUCAGGGACCGAUUGAUUUGACUGGCACAAGAACAAAAUUGGCUGGAUUUGGCAUGCAAUUAUUAGAUGGUAUCGAUCCUAAUCCAGAUAACUUUGUAUGUGCCGGCAUUGUCCAUACAAAGAUGCAACAAGUUGGAUGUUUAAUGAGACUGGAACCUAACAAACAAGCUCAAAUGUACAGACUAACCAUACGAUCUAGUAAGGAGUCAGUUUCUCAAGAAAUCUGCAACUUACUUGCUGACCAGUUUUGAAAAUAUGAUUAGAAUCACACAUAAAAUUGUUGAUAAACACUUAAAUGGUGUAAUUGAUGCUUAGCAGUUUAGGUUGUAGAGUAGCUAUACUACUAAGUACAAUUUUGAGCAGAGUUGUAGUAUGUUGCAUUUUAGCAGAAGACAAAUGAAAUCUCCUAAGUAGAGUAAUGAAUUUAUUUUAGUUUUAUUAUAAUAUUUUUCUAACUCACUAUAGUUUGUGUUUGAUUCAUACUGAGAAAUCAAGACAGGUUUAUGUUUAUUAUACAUAUGUUUUCUUUUUUAAAUUAUAUAUAAAUGCAUUUGAGCCUAAAAUCAUUUUCAUAAUUCUACAUGUUUUAUUUUUAACAUUAAAAUACUUUCUGUCUAGAAAAUAAAUUGUUUGCAGAUAAGAUACCCUUUUAUCAAAUUUAUCUGCUUUGUAUAUUUAUAAAUAAAAAAAACAUGAUCAUGUCCCAUUAAUGAAGAUAAUUUACCAAUUUUAAAUAGGUACUUCUUUUAUACGUAAGUAUAAUGUAAUGUUAAAAUGUAAGUGUACCAAAGUAGAUUUUUGAUGUUGUUAUGAAAUUACAAAUUAGAAAAACAAAUUUUUUGGCUUGUGAAAAUAUCUUAUCUCUGAAGUAACAUUUCUAAGUAUACUGUCUGUUACUAGAUUUAUUUAUUAAGGUAUAUAAUAUAUCCAUCAUAUUAUUAUUAAAAAUCUGUUGCAAAUCUUAAGUAUAAUUUGGUUGAAAUUUAUAUAGAAUAAAAAUAUGCAUUGUUUCAAUAUUCAACAAGAAAAUAGUAAAAAAAUUAUUAAGUUUUAUGAAUUUUGUUACAAUGGGUAACCAUAAAUGUACAUGGACACAUUCCUGAUUUUUUCCAUACUUCUCAACGACUUUUAUAACUCUUCUGAAAUUAACAAAAUUCUUCUGUAGUGUCGUUAACGUGUGAAUGUGUAAAGAAAAUGUACACAAAGCGUCAUCCACUGUCAUUAUUUUUAGAAUAGAGAUUGUGUUGUAACCAUUGAGUUGUAGGAAUCUCAAAUUACAAUUAUUUAUUUUCAUAUAAUUUUGUACCAUAUUACCACAGAUUGUAGAAUGUAGCAAAUUGUAGGUCAUAUUUUAGUAUUAUAAACAUAAAAUGUUAUAAAAUUGGUAGCAUGCUAAAGUUUUCUUUGCAUGGUAGAUAAGUUAAAUAUAAUAUAUCAUUCAACAUAUUUAAUCUUGUUAUUAAUGUGGUAUAGCAUUACUGUAUGUAUAUUAUGAAAAAAAACUACAUGCUUACUGAUAAAUAUACACUUGGAUAAGCAAGAUUAUUGUUAACUGUGAAACUUCGCAACUGAGCGUGAUUCAUUAAUAGUUAUAGAUGUUUGUUCUUGCGCUUUCUAAAUGAUAUUGUAACUAUUCCUAAUAAAAUAUUUAUCCAAUUUAA